ACCGUUGUUGGAUCGUUUAACGUUAUUGCCUCCGUCGGAACACCGUCGUGGUCCCUAUCGUUCACCGUCGCAUCUGCCAUUGUUCUCCAUCGUUUCUCUAAUUUCCGUACCUCAUUCGCAGGCAGGUGUAAGUAGUCAAAAGCUUUGUUUCCUCACUGCACAUGGAGGAUGCGGGAAGGGAGGUGACAGGUGAAGAUGGGUAUAGGAGAGGAUCAGAUGCAAGGGCCGAGUGGUAGGGAAGAGAAGAUUUUUGUUUCUGUUCGUCUGAGGCCAUUAAAUGUGAAAGAAAGGGCAAGGAAUGAUGUGGCAGAUUGGGAGUGUAUCAAUGAUGAAACGGUCAUAUACAGGAGCCAUCUCUCUAUAUCAGAGCGUUCCAUGUACCCCACUGCGUACACAUUUGACAGAGUGUUUGGCCCUGAGUGUUCUACCAGGGAGGUGUAUGAUCAAGGGGCUAAGGAAGUGGCUCUCUCUGUUGUCAGUGGGGUUCAUGCUAGUGUCUUUGCAUAUGGGCAAACAAGCAGUGGAAAGACAUACACUAUGAGUGGAAUUACUGAUUACGCCUUGGCCGAUAUAUAUGAUUACAUUGAGAAGCACAAUGAAAGAGAGUUCAUUCUGAAGUUCUCAGCCAUGGAGAUCUAUAAUGAAUCUGUAAGAGACCUCUUGAGUACAGACAUUAGUCCACUCAGACUUCUAGAUGAUCCUGAGAAAGGAACAGUUGUUGAGAAACUCACGGAGGAAACUCUGCGGGACUGGAAUCAUUUUAAGGAGCUUUUAUCAAUCUGUAUAGCUCAACGACAUAUUGGAGAGACAGCUUUAAAUGAAGUUAGCUCCCGCUCUCAUCAGAUUCUGAGAUUGACAGUUGAAAGCACAGCACGUGAAUAUUUGGCGAAGGAUAAAUUUAGUACUCUCACAGCGACAGUGAAUUUCAUUGAUCUUGCUGGAAGUGAACGUGCAUCUCAAUCAUUAUCAGCUGGCACAAGGUUGAAAGAAGGUGGUCAUAUAAACCGAAGUUUACUAACACUAGGAACGGUCAUUCGAAAGCUAAGUAAAGGGAAAAAUGGGCACAUUCCAUUCAGAGAUUCAAAGCUGACACGCAUACUUCAGACUUCCUUGGGAGGAAAUGCCAGAACUUCCAUAAUCUGCACACUAAGUCCUGCAAGAAUACAUGUUGAGCAAUCAAGAAACACAUUGUUAUUCGCAAGCUGUGCAAAGGAGGUGACAACAAAUGCACAAGUCAACGUCGUCAUGUCUGAUAAAGCUCUGGUUAAACAUUUACAGAGAGAGUUGGCUAAAUUGGAGAGUGAGUUGAGCAGCCCUCGUCAAGCUCUGGUUGUGUCUGACACAACUGCAUUACUGAAGGAUAAAGACCUCCAAAUCGAAAAGCUAAAUAAAGAGGUAUUCCAACUAGGACAAGAAUUAGAGAGGGCUUAUUCUCGGAUUGAGGAUCUUCAACAGAUUAUUGAAGGACCACAAAAAGAGAUAUUAUCAACAGACUCAGAACAGACAAACACAAAUGUGGUUCUGGGACGUCAGUACCCCAAGCUGCGUGUGCGUAGUUCAUGGGAGUCUCUAAAUAUAACACCAGAAAGCCCUCUAUCAGCGCAAGCGUCCAUUAUGAUUUCCCCACAAUCAACCCAACAUGGUUCUGACGAGAAUGUUUUCCAGCUUUCAGACUUUAGGUUAAAUUCGGGUGCAAGUAGCCCAGCCCAACACCUUGCGUUUGUAACUCCUGGUAAAUUCACUAAAGUUCGACUAAAUAUUCGAGGGGUAGAAAGUAAAAACCAACCGCACAUUCACAAGGGGGAAUCUGUAGAUCAGUCUCGUGGUCAGGAGGAACGAUUUCAUGAAAUGGACGAACCAAGUGAGGUGGAUUCUGAAGAUACUUGUACGGAACUUCAAUGCAUAGAAAAAGAGAGUCCCGGUAUCAUCAUGUAUCCAGAGCCAAACAUACUUCCAGACCGGUGUAAGGCUGUGAUUGCACUACCAAUAUGUGAACCAGAGUCAAAGCACUUAAGACCGCCAACAGAAACUGAAGAAGAAGAAAGAGUGAAGGAAGUCAGUAGUGUCUCUAUCCAACCAAAGGAGAAAAGUGGACCGAUCAAAGUCUCUCCACGCUGUGUUUUGUCACUUACUGACGAAUCAUUUCCUCAUGAGUCUUCUAACCUCAGAAGAGACCCAACACAUCAAGAUUUUGUCACUCCAUCUCCUGAAAAGCCUUAUGCUUUGCAACUAGAGAGAAAUUCGCAAACAGCUGGAGGCAUGGGGUUUACAAGAAGCCGAAGCUGCGGAGCAAGCUUUGUAUCAAGCUCUUCCUUUUCUGUGUCUGAGAGAGAUGCUAACACACCACCAAGCUGGUAUCAGAAUGAAAGAACUGAGAGCAACCUGAAACCGUACAACAACAAGAGGCCACCAUUGCCAAAGCAUAUUAGCCGGAUGAGCAUGCCAGCAACUUGGUUCGAGAAAGACUUUUUAGAUGGUGGUGUUAAUAAGAGAAAGUCAUCACCAAAUGGAUCACAGGUUUCUCCCUCUAAAUCUCUUGUGUAUGCACACCAGACAAGUGGUAGAGCUUUAAUCAACCAAGACGAAGGUGAAGAGACUGUUCCUCAUAGGGACAAGCGAAUCAUUCACCUAUCGAUGGAGGAGAUAGAGCAAAAGUUCUUGGCUCUAAGAUCGUCAAAGAGUUUCAAGGACGCUGCUGUUGACCCCAUUCAAGACUAUUUAACCAUGCCAUUGAAUUGGCCGUUGGAGUUCAAGAGACUCGAGAUGGAGAUAAUAGAGCUAUGGCAUGCUUGCAACGUUUCCUUGUCACACAGAAGUUACUUCUUCCUUCUCUUCAGAGGAGAUCAGAAAGAUUGCUUGUACAUGGAGGUCGAACUCCGUAGGCUCAAGUACAUAAGAGAAACCUUUACCCACAAUAACAAAGCUAUAGAAAACGGACGCACUCUUACAUCAAUGUCCAGCCUGAGGGCGUUGAACAGGGAGAGGUAUAAGCUAAGUCAGAUGAUGCAGAAGAAACUGACGAAAGAAGAGAGAGAGAACUUGUUCUUGAGAUGGGGCAUUGGGCUGAACACAAAGCACAGGCGGCUCCAGCUGGCGCAUCGUCUCUGGUCAGAAAGCAAAGACAUGGAUCAUGUCCGAGAGAGCGCCUCAGUUGUGGGAAAGCUCAUGGGAUUCGUGGACAUGGAUUUGGCGUCCAAGGAAAUGUUUGGCCUCAACUUCUCUCUUAGACCCCGUCCCAAGAAAUCUAGCCUAUGGAAACGCAGCGUUUUGUCACUAUCCAAUUUGUAAUUAAAGAAGAAGAAAAAGUGUUGAAAAUC